AUGGCUGCCUCUCGAGUCAUCAACUUUGGCGCUGGCCCUUCCUGUCUCCCCGAAGAUGUUCUGCACGAGGCAACUCAGGGCCUCUUCAACUUUGCAGACUCUGGUAUGGGCAUCGCUGAGAUCUCCCAUCGUUCCAAGGAAUUUGGCGCCUUCCUGAACGAAGUCGAGUCCCUCAUCCGCACCCAACUCAAUGUGCCCCCCACCCAUUCAAUCCUGUUCACCCAAGGUGGGGGCACAGGCCAGUUCGCAGCCGUCGUCCUCAACAUGCUCGCUCGCCACCGCCUCCUCCACCCCGACCUCAAAGAACGCACCAUCGACUACGUCCUUACUGGUUCUUGGAGCAAAGCGGCCGUCAAGGAAGCUACCCGCCUCACUGCCGGCUCUGAUGUCAAGAUCAACAUCGCAGCCGAUGCCAAACUCCACUCUGCAGACCAAGCGUCCUACGCUGGCGUCCCACCGCACGAUUCGUACAAGUUCUCGGAGAACCCGGCGCUGAUCUACUAUUGCGAGAACGAGACUGUGGAUGGAGUGCAGUUCUCGCAUGAGGAAGGAUCGCCGUCGAGCUUCCCUUUCCAUCUGUUGCCAAAGGACCAAUUACUGCCGUUGGUUGCAGAUUAUAGCUCGUCGUUCAUGUCUCGCCCUAUCCCGCGAUUGACAGACCACGCCAUCAUCUACGCCGGUGCGCAGAAGAACAUCGGCCCGGCUGGGUUGACCAUCAUCAUCGUUCGUCAAGACUGUAUCGUCGAUGUGGACGCUGCCGUUGGGCUGGGUGCUACGCCUGUCCCUGCUAUCCUCUCCUACAAGUAUGUAGCGGAAGGCAAGAGCAUGCCCAACACCCCACCUGUCUUCUCGAUCUAUGUUGCCGGCUUGGUGUUGAGGAGGAUGCAGAAGUUGGGAGGGUUGGCUUACUUUGAGGAGACGAAUAAGAGGAAGAAGGAGAAGGUGUACCAAGCGCUGGAGGAGGGUGAGAAGAGGGGCGUGUUUAAGCCCAGGGUCGGGAAGGAGAGCGGGAGCUGGAUGAAUAUUGUGUUCAAUGUUCCCGGGGAAGGUGCCGAGGCCAAGUUCUUGAAGGGCGCGGAAGAGCAGGGUAUGAAGGGACUCAAGGGCCAUCGCUCGGUUGGAGGCAUUCGCGUAUCACUCUACAACGCCCUCGAAGAAAGCCAAAUCGACAAACUCGUCGCCUACAUGCGCGAGUUCAUCGAAAGUUCAACAACUCUCUAA